AUGCGCAUUUUUCUCAACUUCAAUACACGCAGUCUAUCUUCGUGGCUAGGCUCGGCUAGUCAAGACCACAAAUACCGCUCGACCUAUGCCGCACCGUCGAUUGAAUUUGUCAAGACAUUCCUAUCGAAUGGCACCAUGGUUUUCGACUCGCUUGAUUACGGGACAUGUUCACUGACUAGGUGGGAAAUCACCUACAAUGGCGGUAACUUCCUCAAGAGCCUCGGCGCAUACUACAGGGACAACGUGUCCUCCGUCCCGCAGGAGGAUCUCGAGUACAUAAACGAGUUGGCGGCUUCGCUGAUAUUAGCUCCGAUCUGGACCAAUUCAUCUAGUGGGGUCAACAUCGAAGAUGCUAUCACACCCACAACGAGUGAUCUUCCGCAGAAAGAUAACGGCGCAGAGUGGAAGGCGAUCCUCUUAGAUGGCCUGUAUGAAUGCCUGUCCGCGGGUUUUUUGAACGACACGGUGGCCGAUCUGACGCGGAAAUAUAUCGCCGUGCAGUUCAACGCGGUUCGAGAGUUAGCAAACUUCACGACGGCUGGAACUGUUGGGCAACAGUAUGGACCCAGCUGGAAUGGUUCCAUCUAUCCCAUAACUCAGUACCAAGCCAACGGGCAGCUAUCUGCGUCCAUGUUAUUCACCACAGCAUUGGGAGUGGGCCCUCAGGCUGCUGCAAACAGUACUGGUACGGCGAAUCCCAAUCCGUCGACGUCUGGUCAUACCCCGUCAUCAGGUCAGAACACCGCGCGAACCAAAAGUUUCAUUGGCACCGUCGUGGGCGGUGUCGUGGCCGGGAUCGUAGCUUUGACUUUCAUAGCUGGUGGUUUAUAUCUACGACGUCGAAGGCGCACGGCCGCGGCACGCCUGCUUCAGCACGCGCCGCACUCGGACGUGCAGGUCGCAGAGCCGUACUUUGAGACGACGGAUCAGUACCCCGUUACCGAGCGUAGCUUGGCGUUCACACGCUCCGACGGUGUUCCCGGAUACCUCACGAAACGUGAGCGCACAACGCAUGGUGCGCCAACAUCGUCAAGCGGUCUCAGCUCGUCUUCUUCGACAAACGGUGUAUCUGUGGAGGACCAGCGCAGGGAUGACGGGACGAUUCGCGUCGACGCGAGUGCUUUGCAGCGGCUGCUGAUCAGUAUAGGAUGGCCCCUGUCGGAUACGCAACGCCGCGUAUAUCGACAUGACGGAGAGAGUUCAAGUGUGAUGAACGAGCCACCGCCAGGUUACGACGAAGGUGGAUCAAAUGGGCGCUAG